AUGGGUCUCACGUUCUCAAAGCUGUUUGAUAAGCUCUGGGGAAAGAAGGAGAUGAGAAUUUUGAUGGUUGGUUUGGAUGCCGCCGGAAAGACCACAAUUUUGUACAAGCUGAAACUCGGUGAAAUCGUCACAACCAUUCCCACAAUCGGUUUCAAUGUUGAGACUGUCGAAUACAAGAACAUUCAAUUCACCGUAUGGGAUGUUGGUGGACAGGACAAGAUCAGACCUCUGUGGAGACAUUACUUCCAGAACACCCAGGGUAUCAUCUUCGUCGUAGACAGCAAUGAUCGUGACCGUGUUGUUGAGGCUCGGGAGGAAUUGCAACGCAUGCUGAAUGAGGAUGAGCUUAGAGAUGCUAUUCUUUUGGUUUUUGCCAACAAGCAAGAUUUGCCCAAUGCCAUGAAUGCUGCUGAGAUCACAGAUAAGUUGGGUCUUCACAGCUUGAGACAACGUGCCUGGUACAUUCAAUCCACCUGUGCUACCUCCGGAGAUGGUCUUUACGAAGGUUUGGAGUGGCUUGCAAGCUCUCUCCGAAAGGCUGGUCACCAGUAA